AUGGUCUUCCUCUUCCACACCCAAAUCAUGAUGCUAAAAUCUCUGCAAAAGGAUGUAGCUGCACGCUUACGUGUACUUGAUAGGAAUAUCCGUGCGGUCGACCGUUUGAAUACUGAUGCAGCGUCUGGUCGUAUAAAGUCGAUCGAGGCCGGCGGUGCUGAGCUUAUAUUGCAGAUUGCGGAAAUGAAUCAGGAGAGAAGUGAGCUGGCGAGAAGGGAGGACGGCUAUAACAAAGCGAUCGCGGCGGGGGAGGAGACAGUUGCGGGAUUGUUAAGGACUAGUGGGUCCGAUACCGAGAUGGGGGAAUAG